AUGGCGACUUCAGCGUUUACCUAUGCAGGGCAUUAUGACAAUGGUGGUGAAGCUGGGUCACCAUCCAUUGUAUUUGAAUAUGACGGAGCGGAAUAUGCUGUCACUCCAGCCACCUUCCGAGCAGCACUCAACCUGCCAGAGCAUGCUGCUUAUAUUACUAAUGGAGAUGCCAAUCUCAGAACCAUGAUGAUUGAUUUGGGCUACUACGACUCUCUAGAUAAAUUGGAUCUCAUAUCUAAAGAUGAGAAGAGACCAGUUCUCAGGCCUUUACAAAUUCCAGCUCCAUUAAGAGCUAAGCUAAAUCUGCCUCAAGCACCACAACCACAACCUCCAGUCUCUCCUACAGCCACCAGAUCAUCACUCAAAACCCCUUCCACCAAAUCUACGCCAAAACCAUCAAAGUCCACAAAGUCUGAUGCCCCUUCCACUAAGAAGACCAGAACCUCUGUUGCUACACAAAAAAGAAGGAGACUUGUUGCAGCUUAUGAUUAUGAAGAUCUGGAAGUCCCUCCUGCAACAAACUCUGAACCUUCCCAGGCCAGUCCUAAAUCAAAGACAGCUAGAUUUAAAAGAAGGGCAAACAAGCCUAAGAGGGCAAAGGUGCCCAUUACUGAGAUCACAGAUUUUACUGUUGAGGAAGAGCAAGCACCAUCCACUUCACUUACUGAUAUAUCUCAAGCUCUGAUGGUGCAUCCCCUUGAAGCUGUUCCAAUCUCUGCUGCUACAGCAUCCUCUACUUCAUCUGAAGUAGAUGAGGAAAUAAUAUGCAAGGAACAAUCUACAGCUGAAGCUGAGACUACAUUUCCUGAGGGUGCCAUUAUUCAUGAUACAGCACCAGAAAACUACAAGUCAGAUGCUGUCAUUGAAGACUCUAACAAGGUAGCUUUGGAAGCACUGCAGUCUCUUGCAAAGGCUAGUGAAGAGCCUAGCAAAUCAAAAUCAAAAUCUGCAGCUCAAGAGACUGUUAUUCCAGAUCCUGUUGAGAAUGUUGAAGAUCCUGCAUCUGAUGAUGAUAAGGAUGAUGAAAGUUCAGAUGAUGAAAAUAAUGAUGAGGAUGAAGCAUCUGGAGGACAAUUUGUUCCUCCACUACCUUUGAACCCAUCUCAGGGGACAUUGGUAGUUUAUACAGGUUCAGCUGGAAGAGUGGAUACAAUGAGUGAAGAAAGGCAAACACCGAGCGAUACACAUGCACGUGAGGCUAGUGAAACAGCUAUGAGUGUACGUGAGGUGAGUGCACACACUAACCCGGCUCUGUUUGAGGAACAAAUGGCUAAGCUGAAAGCUGAAUUAGCCUGGAUGAUUGUUGAGAAUGAAAGGCUAAAGGGUGCACAGAGCACAGGUGGUGACCCUAGAGAAGAAAGCUGA